ACUCUGAGACGCACGUUGAGCGGUGCUGGGUGUUGUGUGUUCUAUCGAUUUUUCGAAAGAAAAUCUUUGCCAAGUCAUGUCGGGUCGCGGAAAGGGAGGAAAAGCGAAGACCAAGGGAAAGUCGCGAUCCCAAAGGGCGGGACUUCAAUUUCCUGUUGGUCGUUUGCACCGUCUCUUACGUAAGGGAAAUUACGCUGAGCGUGUUGGUGCUGGCGCACCUGUCUAUUUGGCGGCCGUCCUUGAAUACCUAGCCGCCGAGGUGCUCGAGUUAGCCGGCAAUGCGGCUCGUGACAACAAGAAGACCCGCAUUAUCCCUCGCCACAUCCAGCUGGCAAUUCGUAACGAUGAAGAACUAAAUAAACUCCUUUCCGGAGUGACGAUCGCUCAGGGAGGCGUCCUGCCUAAUAUCAACGCCGUCCUUCUUCCGAAGAGAACUAGCGAGAAACCCGGCCGAAAUGGUACAAAGGCCUCACAAGAGUUCGACUAACCUGCACGAGUUGAAUAAUCGCUCGUCAGUAGGUUAUACUAGUAAGCCAAUACAACUAGUUACUCGUUGAAACCAUCGUUCGAGUAUAAUAACGAUAACAGAAUAGUCAGUCUCUAGUUUUCUUGCGUGCAGGACGGUGUUGCAGAAUGUUUUUAGAAAGCCUCCCGUACAAGAUUAACAUUGACAAGAUAAAACCUAGUCUCAGAUUUUUUUUACCGGCAGACAAAUAUCAUCGAAGUAUAUGGAGGAUCAUGGUUACGCAUGAUUUACUAACUGGGAAGUUGAAGAUGUGUCGUAAGAUUGAUCAUAGAAUUUGUAUAUACACUGACACCGCUUAUAGCCGAAGCACAAUAAUUAUGUCAUUUGUAUAAAAUAAAAUAGAAACGUAUGUACCUCGUUUGUCAUAAUACCGAUAAUUGUAUUAAGGCGAAUAUCGAAGGACGGUCAAACGGCCCGAAUUGUGAAAAUAAACGUUUCGAUAAAAAAAGUC